AUGGGAUGUCCCAGCACUGAAGCUUUUUGUAAAGCUAUGGAACACAUAGAAGAGAUAAGGACGAAGAAGUUCUCAAUCGGGAAGAAAGUACCAAACCCCUUAACUCUUGAUCUGCACCAUGCAGUGACCAGCCUAUCUGCAGAGCUGUAUCAGAAAGACAUCCAUUUCCUGAUGGAGCUCAUACAUAAUGCUGAAGACAAUGAGUACAAAGAAGAUGUAGAACCGACUCUUGAGUUUGUGCUGACCAAGAAAGACAUAACUAAGACUGGAGCACCAGCUACUCUACUGGUUUUCAAUAACGAGGUUGGCUUUUCCAGGGAGAACAUAGACUCCAUUUGCAGUGUUGGCCGUUCUACUAAGAAAGGGAAGAGACGUCAGGGCUUUAUUGGGGAGAAAGGAAUUGGAUUUAAAAGUGUAUUUCUUGUGAGUUCUCAGCCUCACAUAUUUAGCAAUGCAUACCAUGUCAAAUUCAGGGAAGAACCAAACCAGGUCUGUGGUAUUGGUUAUAUAGUUCCUGAAUGGGUUAGUGCUGGAGAUCAGUUGUCAUUGUUGACGAUUCAGGCUGUAUAUGGGAACGGCAAAGACUUGCCAGCAACUACAUUCAUACUUCCUCUAAAGCGAGACAAGGUGGAAGCAGUAAGAGCACAGCUGUUGGAGCUGCACCCGGAGAUUCUCUUGUUCUUAUCCAAAAUAAAGCGGCUAUAUGUCCAUGGGUGUGAUCCUAAAAAAGCUGAUGAUGUCUCAACAUUAUCUAUAUUCAGUGAGACUGAACAUACGGAGUUAAGGAGUAAAACAGCCAGUUCUCGUGUUGUGCAACUUUCUGUUGAGGAAAAAACGUGCGAUACUGAGCAAUUGUGCAAGUAUUACUUGUGGAGAGAGGAGUUUCCAGUGAAAUCUUCCAAUAGAGUUGAUAUAAGGAUGGAUGUGGAGAAAUGGGUGAUCACUCUUGCUUUCCCAUUUGGAACGAGGCUGAGAAGAGGAGCGUCUCCUGUUGGUAUAUUUGCUUUCUUGCCAACAACAAUGGUUUCAAACUUCCCCUUUGUAAUUCAAUCUGACUUCAUCCUAGCUUCUUCACGAGAAUCCAUAAUUUUGGACAAUUCAUGGAACAUGGGAAUUCUUCAAUGUGUCCCAUCAGCCUUUGUGAAUGCAUUUCAACAUUGUGUGGGACACCCCUCCCUCUUUUCUACUGUGAGUCAGCCAUUUGAGUUUUUACCUGCUCAAGACUCACCAACUCUAGAGUUUAAUACAGUACGGAAGUCCAUUAGAACUCGGCUGCAAGGUCUAAAAAUAGUGCCUUGUAAAAGAUCUUUUGGUGAUGAUACUCUUUCCUUGGAUCUGCCUGAAAAUGUAGUAUGGAUCAAGCCAAAGUUCAGGGAUCUGAUUGUUAGAAUUAAAGCGGAAGGUGCGUUUCUAAGCACUUCAUUUUUAUUAAAGAGGAAAUUGGAUUUAUCUGUGGAUAUUGAAAAGUACAGGGACAUUAUGGACUUUCUAGGUGUUGCAUAUGCGGAUGAUGGUUGGUAUACAGCCUGCAUCAAGUCCUGUGAUCUUUUGUUGUUAUCAGAUGAAGUCUACGUUGAACUACUUGGUUUUCUGGCAGAUAAUGAGGCAGAGUUCGACUCAGACAGCAUUGAGACCAUACCUCUUCUUAAGUAUACUGAUCAGAAAGGGAGUCCGGCCUUGUGUACAAUUUUAAAAACAACAAAAGAGGAAGUCAAGGUCCGAUAUGCUAUGACCCUGGAGCUUCACACAUGGCUUAGCAAGUGCAAUAUGGAGUUUGGCUAUCCUAAAAAUGUGUAUUUUUUACCACUUAAGAUACUGGAAGCUGUUUUGAAUUACCAGAAAGGUCAUCCCCUAAAGCGACGUUAUAGUAAGACAAAUCACAUGGAGAGUUCGUCUAUCUGCAAUUGGUUGAAGAGCAGUGCAGGAGUGAAAUCUCUUUCAGCGUAUGAUUAUGCUCUCAUACUUUGGAAUCAUGCAUCGAAGAAGGAAUCCAAUGUUGCAGUCCGAUUAUCCUGUUUCCUUUAUCAUGCCCAUAAGAGAGGCUUCCUCACUGCUUAUGAAAUAUCUCAUCUUUGUGGUAAAAUUCCAGUUGUUGAUGGGUCUGGUAAAGUAAGAGUGCAAAGAAAUGUAACUCUGCUCCCUUCAUUAGGGAGCAAAUGGGUCAAAUUGCUUGGACUUCCAAAUCCAUUUUCUAAACAGCUUUAUGUUGACAUAGGGGAUGUUUAUGCUAAAAGCAGUUUGUUUGUUGGGGAACCUACCCCUGACAAAGAGCUUCUGCAUUUUGUUUGCAAGUAUAGCAACGCUACGGACUUACCUGAGCUGUGUCCUCCAGAUGUGGUGUUACACAUCGCAUCUCAUGAACUCUUGAGUGAGCAGGCCUUUUUACUCCUUGAUUGGAUUAGGUUGCUGCGCACCAAGAAUUCAUCCAUACCCAAAAAUUUCAUUGAAAGCAUUAAGAAAGGAAAAUGGAUGAAGACAUUCUCAGGUUAUAAAUCUCCACAAGAGGUCAUUCUUCCAGAUGAAACAGGAAAAGCUCUUUUUGAUUUGAUGAAGCAUGUUCUGGAUGAUGUCCCUAUUUUGGAUGAAGAAUUUUAUACGACUUCUGGAAUGAGCAAAGAAUCCACAUUUUCUUUGCUAACGUUCAUUAGGUUCUCUGCAGGGAGGAGCAUGGUUGAUAAUGGUUGGUUGGCUGUAAUGAAAGAAAAAAAGUGGCUGAAGACGCUUCGAGGUUUCAAGCCUCCCAAGGGAUCUAUUCUCUUGCUGCAAUCUGAGAUAGAAGUUGAAAACUGUUCAAAGGUUACAAAUCUUCCGAUUAUUGAUGAUGCGUUCUAUGGAAGCAGAUUAGGUUCAUUCUUAUCGGAGUUAAGGCUAUUUGGAGUGACAUAUGAUGUGCAUGUGGUCCAAAGAUUAAUUGCAGAGAAUGUAAGUCUACCUUCGGAUCUGUCUCCUAUGACUGGUGCUUGUGGUAUGCUGGUUCUUAAAUGUAUUAGAUGGUUGGGCUCUGGUUCUUCUGGCUUGAUCAACAGGAUUAAAGGCCAUCCUUGGGUAAAGACAACUCUAGGUUACAAAUGCCCUUCUGAAAUUGUUCUUCCUGACCCUAAAUGGAGUUCUUUGCUCAGUACUCUUCAAGUCCCUGCCAUAGAUGAAUUGUAUUAUGGCAAUGCAAUUAGGCAAUUUGUUGAUGAAUUGAAUGCAUUGGGAGUUGUAGUUGAUAACACUGGAACAACUAUGAUGAUUGCCGCUUGGUUCAAAUCCCUAUUGUGUUCCUCUAGCUUGGAUCCUGCCAAUGUUAUGGCACUGUUACGUUGUAUCAGAGAAAUGAAUCUAACCAUGUCUUUACAACACUCUGAACUGCAGUGGCUGUUGUCUGAAAAAUGGUUAAAAACUAGGCAUGGAUUCAGGACUCCUGAUGAAUCAAUUAUUUUCAGCUCUAAAUGGGGACAAUUGAUGUUGUUUGUUGAUCUUCCUCUAAUUGAUGACGUGUACUAUGGUACUGGCAUAUAUAAAUUUAGGGAUGAGCUGGUGAAGUUGGGUGCCAUCACUGAUUUUGCACGGGGAGCUUCAUUAGUAGCUAAAGGUCUACACAGUCCUAUUGAAGCUGAGCUACUUGAUGCAGAUGGUAUCAUAUCAGUGCUAGAGUGCAUAAAGUCACUGAUGUCCCAAUCACUUGAUGAUCCUUAUGUGGGAGAUUUUCUGAAGAAUAUUUCAAACAGCAGGUGUUUGAAGACCACAAACGGUUUUAAUAUGCCAGAAGAUUGCGUUCUAUUUGAUUCAUCCUGGGAAUGCAUUCUGAACAGGUCGGAUGCUCCAAGCAUUGAUGAAACAUUUUACAGAUCUGAAAUUUCUGCUUACAAGAACCAGUUGAGACAUGUUGGUGUGAAGGUGGAUCCUCAGGAUGUUUGUUCUCUUCUUUCUGGGCAUCUUUUGUCAUUGACAGACACAGCUUCAAUCACAAGGAUAUAUAACUUCCUCAACAAGUUCCAGUGGAGUCCUAAAGAUCUAAACAGAGACAACUCUCAGGUGUGGAUUCCUGACCCACAGGGUACGGCAGGGGUAUGGGUAAAAUCUCAAUGUUGUGUUCUUCAUGACAAAAAAAAUCUGUUUGGCUCUUGUUUUUAUAGUCUGGACAAAUCUUACAGUAAAGAGCUUCUCCCAGUUUUUUCUUCAGCCCUUGGAGUUCCUGAAAAUCCAUCUAUCAAGGAUUACUUGCAGCUAUGGGACAAUUGGGCCUCAAUGAACAACUCUAAAGUGACAGUUGAAAAAUGCAGCUUGUUUUGGAGAUAUAUUGUUGACAACUGGAAUCCACACGUUGAAGAGACUCUAAAACAGAACUUAACAAAAGUACCUGCCAUAAUGUCAGGGCAAAUACAUCUGAUAAGAAAAGAGGAAGCAUUCAUUGCUGAUGAUCUGCAACUGAAAACAAUUUUUUCAAGCUUUGAUAAGGCACCUCUAUUUGUCUGGUUUCCCAAUAACUCCUCUUCUGUUCCUCAUAGAAGACUGCUUGAAAUUUAUGAAUCUCUUGGAGUUAGAAAGAUGUCUGCAUCUGUUAAGUGCACGGUGAAGGGCAUACUAUCAUCAGAUCAUUGGGAAAAGGUAACGAAUGGAUUGAUAGGCAGAAGUUUGACCAAAAUUGUUCUGGCCUUUCUUGCUGGUCCUGAGCUGAAUAUGUCGUUGAAAGAGAGACUUGAGGCUGCAAAAUUGAUAAGUGUACUGACAGUGUACAUGACUGAUGAACCAAUUGAAGUCUGUUACCGACUAAUGCCAUGUGAAAGUACAACAGCAGAAGUGGAAAAACUGAAGCUGGUUCUUUGGGAGAAGGAUUCUAAUUGGCUGUGCAUUGAUAAAUCAGGUUAUAAUGGAGGAAAAGGUGAUCUAGAAUUCGUUACAUCUUUUGCUAAUGAACUUGCAGAAGGUUUGUUGGCACAUUCAAGACCCAAAGCUGCACAUUCAUUAAGCAAGAUUAUCCAAAUGGGUUACAUCUAUGGUUUUGAUGAGAAUAAAGUGGAUUUUUUGCUGAUGAAUGAAAACUUGGAGUUAUUUGUGGAAGAGAAGAAGUUUCUUGAUGAUGCAUAUCCUGUUAGUCGAAAGUGCACAAGUGGGAAGCCAAAGCAAUUAGGUCCCUCAACGCCAAUGCCUUGCAAGAAGCAGUGUAAGUAA